AUGACGACCCGUACGCCUUCCUCCUUGCCCCCAACCUCGAACGACACAGCGCGUCUGUCUCGAGUGUCCUCGACUAUACCGUCUGGGUCAACUACGCCUUUCACGCCCGUCUGCAUGCCCAGUCCAGUGCCUUCCGCCAGCCACGAAUGUAAGGCUAUUUCUAAGCCCCUUCAACUCAGCGAGACAACCCCUUCAUCUGGGACGUCGGCCAGUGCGGCACGAGUGAGCGAGACCCGCCGCUCCUCACUGUCUAAGCUCGGUCCAACGUACCCUCAACCCUUCUUCAAACCAUUUGAAGAAGACGUCCCCAACGCGGAGAAGUCCAGCGACGUUAAAUUCCCGUCACUCUCGGACCUUCCUCCCGACCAUUUAAGCCACGACAGCUCGGGAACCACUCUGCCCGGCGCCUGGGGCCCUAGCAGCCCGCUCCCAGCGAGGACUGCAUCCUUCGCGUCCGCUAGCUUCAUCGGGGUUGACAUUCCGGCUCGGGACCUCCGCUCUCCUCUCCUCUCCGCGACAGUAAGCCGGACGCUACCUCCACCCCUUGGCGUUCGUCCUCGAACCGAACAUAACCUCGAGGCUCCCCCGUUCUCCCUACCACGCCAGAUACGACGGGCUGCCAAGGGAACGGCCAAUAAGAUACACUUAUGGGACAUCCUCGACGGCAGCGGCAGGUUCUACCAGCACAUGCGAAGGCCGGAAGAGGCGCACCAGGUAUACCUUGAACUCAAGGCCCCGCACAGCCUGGAGAGAUUCGGCGCUCUGUUCGACGAAGGCAAUAAUUUCGUCAGCGAAGAACUUGAAGAAACGGAUGUGCGCGACAUGAAGAACACAGAAGACAAGGACUCCCGUUUCCAUCUCAUCACUCCGCUGAUGACGAGGGUCGAAUACAUCAUCGACGGCACCGAGGCUCUUGUGGUCUCUAUCUUGGUCCUCGAGGGCGCUUCGUCCAAAGGCAUGAUAUCAGACGCCUAUCAAACGACGCAGUACCGCGUAGCUAAGGCCCUGACCAUCAUCCUUCAACGUUGGGCCUUGCAUAACGGUCAGAACUACAGCGGUACAAUCAACUCCACCGCCUCCAACUUCAGCGAAGACCUUCGAACCUCAAAGACCAAGCGUGCAAUGCUUGACAAAUGGUUCAAGCAUCCCGGCAUCUAUCCUAAUCUCACGCCGGAGUACCAAGCGGUAGUACAACGCCAACUCAACGCGGCUCCAGAGUCUGAUGACCCUGCUUCGAACGCGCAAGUUCUCUCCGAGCAACGAUUUAGCAGGUUGCCGAAAACUCUACUCGACAAUCCUCUAUUCCGUCUGCGUAUCCCCUCGCCUAGAGAAAGGACGGACCUCGAGUCGUCCGCAUCCUCGGCCGACCUCGUCGAACAAGAGCUUACUCAAGGAGCUUCUUAUCUUUCUGCCGAGCCCACGCAGUCCUUCGGGACUAGUGGUGUUCGAUUGCCUCCUUCUACUGUCGACAUGCGUCCCAGGUACACCCAACGAUCCAGCUACACGAACCCAGAUUUCCUGCUUCCCCCGGAUCGAGACGACUUGCCCAAGCGAGUUCAAUUCCAAGAUGCUUCGUACGCUGGUGAUUCAGCUUACCCAGCUUCUGUGUCAACCUAUACUAUUCCGGUACCCGCGACAAAUCCAGCUACCUCGCAGGACAACCGACCGUCAUCAGGCCCGUUCCCUCGAGGGAACUCUCGCACCCUACCAGAAUCCGACGCUGCUCGCGUCGUCCGGGAAGCUGUUUAUCCAGGAGGACCGCCGCUGUCCUCCCUCAAGUCGCUCUCGAAUCUCCAUAUAGUCUUGACAGACCCAGCUCCGUCGACCUUCAUUUGA